AUGCGAGGCCAUACCGACUGGAUAAGUGGUGUUGUUCACUUGCCUAGCAGACGACACAUCAUCACAUGUUCGUUGGACGGCUCACUCCGAUUAUGGAGCUCAAACAGCGGCGAACAGGUAGGCGAGGACUGGCGGGACGGAAAUGAUGCAGUGCGGUCCAUAGCAUUGUCUCCAAGUGGAAUGACAAUUGCAAGCGGAAGUGAAGACGGAAAAGUGAGGCUGUGGAAAGUCGAGACGAAGAAGGUCAUUGCAAAAUGGACAGGACAUACUAAUGCUGUGUGUGCAUUGUGCUGGAGUGCAGAUGGUAAGCGACUAGCGAGUGGAUCCUGGGAUGGGACGGCAAGAGUCUGGGAUAACAACGGCAAAACUGUCCUGACAAUCAAGACCGGGCAUGAUUGGGUGUAUGCGGUGAUAUACUCACCUGAUGAUUCAAAAUUUGCGACGAGUGGUUAUAAAGAGAAUGCUGUACAUGUCUGGGAUGCCAAGACAGGUGAGCGACUCAAAAUACUUGAACAUAGCUGGGCUUUUGGCUUGGCAUGGACGUCAGAUGGAAGCAAGCUUCUGUCUGCUUCAUACGGCCCGAUUAGGAUAUUCGACACUGCCACUUGGCAGCAGAUCGCCAUGCUUGAAGGUCACACCGAUGCUGUCUUCGCCCUCUCUUUCAAUCAGGACACCCGUCUCCUUGCAAGUGCAUCAUGGGAUAAAACAGUGCGCCUAUGGAAUCCCCAGACCAACUCCCCGAUUGGACCACCCCUCCGCCACAAAUGGGGUUUACGCUAUGCAGCUCUUUCCCCUGAUGGAAAGACGCUAGUCACUGCUUGCGAAAACAAGAAUGUGUACUCAUGGGACGUUCAUGCCAUCCUCCAAAAAGCUGGCCUUGGAAACUUACUUUCCAUUGAUACAAAUCUUGCAUCCGAGUCAUCUCAAGAUAAUUCAGGAUCACAGCACAUACCUCGCUCGUCGCUCAAUGACAACUCAUUGUUGGAAGCUGAUGCUACGGGUUGUCCUGGCCAAUCUAGUGGUGAUGAUGAGCUCUCACCAACGUUUUUUGCCAGCAUGGAAGCCAAUACUCAUUCCUUACAAAUGGGUGGUGCAUGCCCCCAUUCCUCUGCAAAUGUGUUCCUUGCUAGCCUUUCUUCAUUCUACCACCGCUUUCGAACCAAAAAUGGUGAAGCGACCGAACCUACACAAUCCUCAAGUCCUUCCAUUCCCGCACACUCUUCGCUCCAACCAUCCACACCUUCACGGUUAGAUCUACUGGCUCGCUUUUCCUCAUUUUUGUCUCGACCUCGACUUGGCACUGACAGAGAAGCAGAACCUCAUCCGACAACACCUUUCAGUUUGCAUCUAGAUACACUCUCCAACCGGCUGUUCUCACUGUCCCGCUCUCAACCCCACACCAAUGGGGAAAUUGAACUCUCACAACGCCCAAAUCAUCCUCGUGUUGUCGAAGUGGCUGCAGUGCGUGACAAGAAGCCUUUGGUUGUUGCUCGGGGGCCAAAAUUUAUGAAAGCAAAACGAGCGUAUGAUGAACAACAAACGCGGUUGCAUGUCCAAGUCCCAGCAGUCGUCAUCACAGACUCAGCCUGCCGAUGCCUCAACAUCCGGGACACCUUCUGCUCCAGGUAUACCACCCACACAACCACCAUCCAUUCCAUGGUGGGCUCUGAUCGUACUAUUUCUCUGCUGUGCAUCUCCACCACAAAAUCAUGGUAA